CACUUCUUCCAGCGAUUGCUUUGUUUGUCUUUUUGUUUCUAAAUCCUCUAUGAUUCUCCUUAUUGAUUCGUACGACUCGUUUACCAACAACCUUGCCCAUCUUUUGCGCGAAAGUACAGGACAGGAAGUUGUCACUAUCCACAACGAUGCCUACAAUCCCGAUGAAUAUGAGCAGUUCUACACAAGCAUUCUACCGCUUUUCGAGUAUAUCGUGAUUGGACCCGGCCCAGGACAUCCGGCAAUAGCCAAAGAUGUCGGUAUCAUUGGCUGGUUGUUGCAGAAAAUGAAAACAGAAGUCAAUGGAGCUGUACCAGUUCUAGGCAUCUGUUUGGGCUUCCAAAGCUUAUGUAAUGAGUUCGGAAACCCCGUGGACAAAUUGCAAGUUGUCAAACACGGCCAGAUCUACGAUAUCUAUCCUAUUCAAUCCGAAGACAAGUUAUUUACAGCUGAACAGAAGGUUUCAUCCUUUGGAAGUGUCAGAUAUCAUUCGUUGUAUGUCAAGGACUUGAACGACGAGAUAGUUCCAUUGGCCUAUUGUCAUGAGCCCAACGACGAAAAUAAUGUAGAAAAUAGAAUAUUGAUGGCUGUUAAGCACAAAACUCUUCCCUUUUAUGGGGUCCAGUAUCAUCCCGAAUCGAUCUGCUCUUCUCAUGGAGACGAAUUGGUCCGUAACUUCACGGCUAUAGCCACAGAGUAUAACCGAUGCCAUAGGCCGUUUGUAUUCUCACAUGACAAGCAGCACCGCCAGAGUCUCAUUGAUGAUCAUGCUGUCCAUGAGUCAUUCUUGAUCCGCGAUGGAAAACUUGAAAGUAACGGCGUUCCCAAUGUUGUUUUGAAAAAAAUCCAAUUGUCUGGAGAUAUUCAACCCACGGACAUCUGUGAUUACUUACACAAAACGAGCGGAAACGACUUCAUACUUUUGAAUUCUGCUUCCAUUCCAGGUGAAUGGUCAAUUAUUGGUUUGCCAACGAGAGGUAAGAGUGAUGUGAUCACCCAUUCUGUAGAUGUGCCAGAAAAAGUUAUUAUAUCUAAGUACAAGGAUUCUACAAUAGAGCCCAAAGUCGUCACCGAAGAUGUGUGGAGUCUUGUAUCUCGUUUGAUGAAGGAAAAAUACAUCUCCAGGGAAGAUAUCAAUGAGAAGUUGGGUAAUUAUCACUCCAGGGACUUACCCUUCUUUGGUGGCUACAUGGGUCUCGUCUCCUAUGAAGAAGGACAACAUAUAAUCGUGCAAAAAUUAGAACCAAUUACUAAUAAUAGCACCCCUGACUUAAAAUUGGUGUAUAUAGAGAGAUUUAUCAUCUUUGACCACGUCACCAAUGACUGGUUUAUCGUCUCCAUUAGUGAAUCUGACGACACUAUUUGGGUGGAAAACUUGUACAAUAACAUCACCAAUCUUUCCUAUGAAGGCAAGCUCAAAAUCAGCAUUGACUCGAUUCCAUCCAGUGUUAAGCAGUUGGCUAAACAGGGUGAUGAAGAUGUUAUCAAGUUUGAACUUCCAGCCAAAGACAUCUACAAGAAACAGUUCAAUCUAUGCCAAGAUUUCUUACAUUCUGGAGAUUCGUACGAACUUUGUCUCACCACCCAGCUGAAGAUCUUCUUACCUUCGUACAUAGAGCCGUGGGAGAUCUACAAGGUUUUGACUCUCCGCAAGAAUCCGUCUCCCUUUUCAUGUUUUAUGCAAUUCGACGACUGUGUCUUGAUUUCAUCGUCGCCAGAGAGAUUUGUAUCAUGGAAAGAUAGUGAAAAAGGAGGUAAGAGAGUGGAGUUGAGACCUAUCAAGGGAACUGUGAAAAAUACACCCGAAGUCGACUUCGCCAUGGCCACCAAGAUCUUAAAAACACCCAAAGAAAUGGGUGAAAACUUGAUGAUUGUAGACUUGAUCAGACACGAUUUGUACCAGUUCACCCAGAAGGUGACUGUAUCGCAGUUGAUGGCAGUUGAAGAGUACAAAACAGUUUAUCAGCUUGUGAGCGUAAUUCAGGGAGAAUUGGAAAAGGAAGGAUUCCAUGGUAUUGACAUCUUACACCGCUCGUUGCCUCCGGGAUCAAUGACAGGGGCACCUAAGAAGAGAUCAGUGGAGUUGCUUCAGGAUAUCGAAAGCUUGCAGAGCACUGGGUUUCCUGGUGGAAGAAGAGGUAUCUACAGUGGAGUUGUUGGCUACUGGUCUGUGACAGACGACUCUGAUUGGUCAGUGAUCAUCCGGUCGGUAUUCCACUAUGACGACGAUAAGGAUAACGCCGGAGACGUCAAUCUCUACAGAAUUGGUGCUGGUGGAGCUAUCACCGUUUUGUCGGAUGCCGAAGGAGAAUGGGAGGAGAUGGAGUUGAAGUUGAUCAGUGCCUUACAGGCAUUCACAUGAUAGAGCAGGAGCAUAUACAUAGAGGGCACUCGUCCAUAAAUAUAGACAUAAAUGUACAUAGAAACGAAGAUAUAUGGUAUAUAGUAUCUCAUCUCAUAUAAAAUGCAUCGUAUAUUUUAU